GUGGCGUUGAAGAAAGGCGAAGUGGUUGAUUUGAUCUUCAGAUUAUGAAGAACAACGCAACAAUUGGAUCACAGAUUUCGGAAUCACAUCUUUCGAUCUUCCAUUUUCAUGUUUUUCUUCUUCAAUUUCAGUUUUGAGUUCCCAAUUUUGAAGAGAAUAAUCCUUGAUCGAAGAAGAUGGAGAAAGUGAGGAACAUGUUCAUGCCAAAACCUAAUCCGCAACAGCUAUUACGCGAUUGGCAACGCCGUCUCCGCCAAGAGUGUCGCAACAUCGAACGUCAAAUUCGCGAUAUACAAAGAGAAGAGAAAAAUGUUCAGAAAGCAAUCCGAGAGGCUGCCAAGAGGAAUGAUAUGGGCUCUGCCAGGGCACUUGCUAAAGAAGUUGUGAGAUCCAGAAAAACUGUCAAUCGCCUAUACGAAAAUAAAGCUCAAUUGAAUUCUAUAUCAAUGCAUUUAGGAGAAAGUGUUGCUAUUGCUCGCACGGUCGGUUAUCUGUCUAAGAGUGCUGAAGUCAUGAAGAUUGUUAACAAUCUAAUGAAGGCUCCAGAAAUGGCUGUCGCGAUGCAAGAAUUCAAUAAAGAAAUGAUUAAGGCAGGAAUUAUUGAAGAGAUUGUGGAUGAAGCUAUUGACUCAGCACUGGAUUCAGAUGACAUAGAAGAGGAGAUUGAGGAAGAGGUUGAUAAGGUCUUAACUGCAAUAGCUGGUGAGACUGCUGCACAGCUUCCUGAAGCCACCAGGAAGGAGCGGCUAAAGCAAGCGGCUGCAGAUGCAGAGGAAGAGGGUGUGAACGACGAGGAACUAGAAGAACUAAGGGCUGGACUUGCCAAAGUUCGGUCAUGAUUUCCGCAUUAAUCUGUGAGUUGAUAUAUACUACUAGCAUAUGAAAACCAGCUCUUUUUAUGUUACCAAGAAAUAUCGGCUUGACAAAAGGGUCAAUGGCUGAAUGGUACCUGGUAGAUCCCAGCCUGGUGCCUUGGAGGUCAACGGUUCAGGUCUCACCAAAGGUGAGGGGGUGUGUAAGUUUUGGCAUAUAUAAAUAUAUCCGGGCUUGUUAUUCAUGAUUCAGUAUUCACCAAUGAAUGCUGUUUACAAUACAAUAGUAGAGAGUAAUUUCAUGGCAGAAAAUAAAAUGAAGUCAUAGAAAUAGUUGUUCCUG